CACCGGAAGUAGUAGCAGCGACGCGUUAAAGCUAGCUUGCACAGUGGAGUGCUGGUGGUUAAACUGUCUACUGAUUAGGUGUAUAACCUCAAAAACGUUUGAUGUUUCAAGUACAUUUAGCGACUGAUCUGCUAUAGACACGUGAUCAAUGACGGCUUUGGUCAGCCAUGGCUGUUGUGUCAUGGAAGGAGAUUUUACUUUUGACUGGACUGGUGGUGGGCUGUUACUGGAACAGUCUGUCCUGCGGCUUUGUGUUUGACGACGUGUCAGCGAUCCUUGACAACAAGGACCUCCGUCCCUCGACCCCUCUACGCAACCUGUUCCUCAAUGACUUCUGGGGAACGCCCAUGGCUGAGGAGCGGAGCCAUAAAUCUUACCGACCCCUCACUGUACUUACAUUUCGAUUGAACUACCUCUUCAGUGAGCUGAGUGCAGGAUCCUAUCAUCUGCUCAACGUUGCUUUUCACGCCAUAGUGUGUGUGCUUUUUCUGCGAGUGUGCCGCUUGUUCCUGGACAAGAAUUCCAGCUUGGUGGCAGCAUUGCUGUUUGCUGUGCACCCCAUCCACACCGAAGCCGUCACAGGAGUGGUUGGCCGAGCUGAACUCCUUUCUUCAAUCUUCCUCUUGGCUGCUUUCCUGGCCUACACAAAGUCAACAGGGCCAGACCACUCUAUUGUUUGGGCUCCCAUCGCUUUGACAGUGGUUCUAGUGGCUGCAGCAACGCUCUGUAAGGAGCAGGGAAUCACUGUCGUUGGCAUCUGCUGUGUCUAUGAAGUGUUUGUUGCACAAGGGUUUACCUUGCCUAUGUUACUGGACACUUUACGGCAAGUACUGCUGGGAAAAGAUGGAUUCCCCUACGCAGUCCUGCAAACGCUUCUGAAGCUCAUAGUCCUUAUCAUCAGCACCCUGCUGCUUGUCAUCAUCAGGGUCCAAGUCAUCCAAUCCCAGCUUCCUGUCUUCACAAGGUUUGACAACCCUGCAGCAGUCAGCCCCACUCCCAUCAGACAGAUGACCUUCAACUACCUGCUUCCUGUAAACGCAUGGCUUCUGCUCUACCCCUCUGAACUGUGCUGUGACUGGACUAUGGGCACCAUUCCUCUGGUGGAAUCACUCCUAGACCAGCGAAACCUGGCCACACUGGCUUUCUACACUCUUUUGGGCCUGCUAACCUACCACAGCCUGCGUUACAGACACCGCUCUGCCAAGACCAUCAUCAUGGGCCUGUCUUUGAUAGUUCUUCCUUUUAUUCCUGCAUCCAAUCUCUUCUUCCCCGUGGGCUUUGUCGUAGCAGAGAGGGUCCUUUAUGUGCCCAGUAUGGGCUUCUGUGUCCUUGUCGCACAUGGAUUCAAGAUCAUCUCGCAUAAAGUACAUUUGAAAAAAAUCUUGUGGCUGAUGAUCGCAGUGCUUUUAACUACACAUGCAGUGAAAACCUUCAACAGAAACUGGGACUGGGAGUCAGAAUAUACCCUGUUUACAUCUGCCUUGAAGGUCAACAAGAACAACGCCAAGCUGUGGAAUAACGUGGGCCAUGCCCUGGAGAACCAACACAAUUAUUUAAGGGCGCUGCAGUACUUUCUGCAGGCCACACGCGUCCAGCCAGAUGACAUCGGUGCUCACAUGAACGUCGGAAGAACCUACAAGAACUUGAACAAAUCCAAAGAGGCUGAAGAUGCUUACUUGGUUGCCAAAUCUCUCAUGCCACAGGUUAUCCCUGGUAAGAAGUAUGCAACGCGUGUGGCUCCAAACCACCUGAAUGUUUACAUAAAUCUGGCUAAUCUAAUCCGGGCCAAUGAAUCACGUCUAGAAGAGGCCGAUCAGCUCUACAGACAAGCAAUCAGCAUGAGACCAGAUUUCAAACAGGCCUACAUCAGCAGGGGGGAACUGCUGCUGAAGAUGAACAAGCCCACAGAGGCCCGUGACGCCUACCUCCGGGCCCUGGAGCUCGACCGCAGCAACGCCGACCUGUGGUACAACCUGGCCAUCGUCAACAUCGAGAUGAAGGAUCCUUCAGAGGCACUGAAGAACUUCAACCAUGCCCUGGAGCUCAACCCACGGCACAAGCUGGCUCUCUUCAACUCAGCACUUCUCAUGCAGGAAUCUGGAGAACCAAAGUUCUGGCCUGAGGCCAACCGUCGUUUCCUUGUUUACGUGGAGGAGGAACCUCAGGAUGCCAACGGCUACUUCAACCUGGGCAUGCUGGCGAUGGACGCCAAUGAAAACGCGGCAGCUGAGCGCUGGAUGCGGAAGGCCAUCGGUCUGCAGGCCGGGUUCCGCAGCGCCCUCUUCAACCUGGCUCUGCUUUACUCGCAGUCCAAGCGAGAGACGGAUGCGCUGCCGGUGUUGGACGAGCUGCUGCUGCACCACCCAGAGCACAUCAAGGGCCUCAUCCUGAAGGGCGACAUCCUCAUGAACCACAAGAAAGACACGCGUGGCGCUAAGAGCUGCUUUGAGCGCAUCCUGAGCAUGGACCCCACAAAUGUUCAGGGCAAGCACAACCUGUGCGUGGUCUACUUUGAGGAACGCGACCUGCCACAGGCCGAGCGCUGCCUGGUGGAAACGCUGGCGCUGGCGCCGAACGAGGAGUACGUGCGCCGCCACCUGAGUAUCGUACGAAGCAAAAUGGCUGCAAUGAGCGCAGCGGGCCAGCCGCUUACAACGGCGGAGGGAGCCACCGUGGCAGCUAAGGAAAAGCCGGAGGGCGUGAAGGAGUGGGUGGGGGUGGACGAGAGUGGCGAGCGUGAAAAGGAAGGGAGCGCUGAUGCUGUCGGAAAGGGGGCUGGGGAUGAGAAGAAUGCGCGGAAAUCCUCUGCAGAAAGCCUUGGAGGGGUGGGCGUGCACCCGGCCCAGCCUCUGGACAGCAGCCAGCCUGACAAGCGGACUAAGGGUAAGUCCACUAAGGAGAUUAAGGAAAUCGAGAAGAAAAGGGCCGCGGCCCUGAAGAGACUGGAGGAGAUCGAGCACAUAUUAACUGGUGAUUGACAUGGCUGUGAGUUUUAGCUGGACUACUUUUCUAGAGCUCUUUGAUGCUCCAUGAGAUGAGACGGCAUUUCCCCCAUUAUCAACGUGUAUUCUUAUAAAUUACCAUUUAUUUCUGAGUUAACCACAUUUAUAGGCUGCUCUAACACUAAUCAAGUAAAGAAGGGACCUCUGCACAUGAAACUGUAAUAAUAAGCACAAAUACCAAUUUGGGAUGAUGUAUGUAGAGCCUGUGGCAGAUGUGUGUGUGUGUGUGUGUGCGUGUGUGUGUGUUAACUUAAAUGUGAUUUCACAUAUCGUAGCCCAGUAGGUAUAAAUAUUUGCUUUGUUUUUCCAUGUGUGGUUAUUGUUUAUCACUGGAUUUGUUCCCUCUCUAAGAUGUGACUCACUCCUGUGCGUUAUUGUUGUUAAAAACAGAAUGAUUGUACGACGGACAAUUAAAGGAAAUGACGUGUUCCCCAGAGUUCCUCAAGGCAGAAUCAUAUCUGCAGAGCCUCAAAAUAGCCCAUGAAAACCACCGAGGCAGCAGCGUCCGGAAAGCUCUAUUGAUCUGCAUCAUCAGCCUCCAGGAGCACAGCUGACCUCACCCAAAAUCUCACUGUGAUCCAUCUGAAGACUGUUAUCGCAUUCCCUUUGUCACAUGGCUCCAUCACAGCCUCAUUACAGAUGAAUGUCUCCCUCGCUUCUCUUGGUCGCCGUGUGUUUCAUGGUCACAGGGACACGCACUCAUCCUCACGUCAUCACGUGUUCUUUAUUUUGCAAAGUUCCUUUCACAGUUCAUUUGCAGAGAACAGACGUCCCCCUUCAUUCGGCUCCACAGACAUAAUGUUAUUUUAGUCUACUGCCACUCAAAUAUCAGCGUGUUCCACAUUUCCAAGUCUCUUCAUCAUUUACAGCUAUGAUCACUCUCAAGCAAUUAUCCUCCAACAUUCAACACGAGCUACAAACAGCAGCAGAUUAAACCCUGAUGCACAAGCAUCGCUGCCUGUGUGUUAUAAAACCACAUUUAUCCUGUGAGCUGGUCAUCGGAAAACACUUAGGGUCCUCGAGGAAUGCGAUGACCAUGGCUCUGACGCAGGUCAGAUGUGGUGAAUUCAUUAGGAGGAGCUUUUCAGAGCUGCUACAGCUCGUGUUGGCGUCUUUACACAGUAACGAUGGUUCUGCUGACCUGGGAGCAGCCGGUGGUACGUUGGAGCCUUGCUAUGCAUUGACCCCGUUUAGCCCUGAAUCUUACGUACGAGCAUAAACCGUGUAUUUGUAUCCAGUAUUAUUUAUUAUUUUUAUAUGCACUGCAAAUGCUCUGGAUGUUCUUGAUGAUGCUUUAAUCUCACGAUAACUAAUUUUUGUCUUAGAUUUUCUGUCUGUUGUCAAACCUGUCAUGGAUCAUUUCACUCGGCCCAAUGCUGAUCCCUGCCAGUGUUAAACAUGUGACGUAUUUAAUCAGCCGUAGGAAGCGUCCGUUCUGCUGAGUGAUUUAGUUUUUAUUAUUUUAAAUGCAAUAUCCUUUGGUGGUGGAGGUUGAUAAAUAAAGUGGGUCGACUCCUCA